GUGGCAUGUAGAUUUUGGUAUAUAAACUAACACUCGACUCCAACUCAUUAGUAUUCAAGUCGCACACUUCGUAGUGGGAGGACAAACCAAUACGCGAAUUUUGUAAUUUUUUGCAGUUAUAGCAGCGCUCACAUUCACGAAAUGGCAUUCAAGUACUUCGCUGUUGCACUUCUCAUCGGUGCUGCCCAAGCCGGCAUUAUCUCUGUACAGGAACAACAUGCUAUCCCCUUGGAACAUCAUCAACACCAUGAGGCCGCCGCUUUGUAUCAUGCACCCGCACAAGUAGCUCAUGUGGCUCACGCCCCCGUUCCACAGACAGUGCAUUUGUUGCAGAAGCAACAUGUUGCCCACGAACAGUAUCCCAGUGAUCCUCAUCCUCAGUACAAUUUCGCUUAUGAUGUACAGGAUGCCGUCUCCGGUGAUUCUAAGCGCCAGUCGGAGAGUCGCGACGGCGAUGUAGUCCAUGGUGAAUAUUCAUUGAACGAUGCUGAUGGUUUCCGUCGCACUGUCAAAUACACUGCUGACUCUGUCAAUGGUUUCAACGCUGUGGUCGAACGUGAACCCCUCACCCACAAAGUUGUGGCUGCUGCUCCAGUGCAGUAUCAUCAUGCUCCUGUUGCUGUUGCUCCAGUGCAAUAUCAUCAUGCUCCCGUCCAUGCUCAUCAAGAGUACGCCGCCGUGCCAGUUCAGCACCAAGUUGCCGCACACACCAGCUACGAAGCUCCUCUUCCUCAUCAUGAAGAACAACAACACUACUAUCAUCAUUAAUCGAAAGUAUUGCCAUUUCUCAUCUAAUUCGCUUGCACUGCCCUUGUCAUUGUGAAAACAAAAAUUAGAAUUAAGUAGCUAGAAAACAAUUUGUACACCAAGUAUUAUGAAUUAAACAUAAAAAAUAUCCAAUUUA